AUGCCGGACUUGACGGAGCAUGUCAACAUCGCCUCGUCUAGCGAGUCUCCCAAGUCGGCUAUCACCUUUCUGAACCUUCCGCCGGAGAUCUUACGCAUGGUCGCAGCGCUGCUCGACAAAGAACAGCUGCCCUCAUUUCGCCUUAUCUCUAAACAGAUCUGGUAUCAUUGUUCGGACAUCUUCGCCAAAGUGCACUUUGCUCAUCUUCACCACCACCUCAUGAAGCCAAGUCUUGAAGACCUUAUCCUCAUCACCAGGAACCCUAUGUUCAGCACAUGCAUCAAAUCUAUCCAGUUCUCGACUGCACGUAACGGGAUUCAGUCGCAGGAAAGCCAAAGUCUCCUGGAUGAACAGAACAGCGAGUUUUGUUGGGCUGGACAUCACAUCACUAUGCUUACUACUGCGCUUGUAAACCUGCAAAGCCAUGGUAAUCACAAAGUCAGCCUUGGGGUCUUUGACAGUCUCUGCGAAGACACUACCGACCUCUUACGUGCAUUCAACAACGUUUCGCCCCGGCUCAUAAUCUUAGGUCAUGGUUAUGUCAAGGCUUAUGGCGUCGAAAACGUGCCCGCAGCCGCUGACCCGAAAGGAACUAUGCUCGCAGUUUCUGAAGCCGCCAUCUUAUCUGGAUACUCCCUGAAUCGCCUUUCUCUAACUACAGCUGACCAUUCGUCUUCACAGACCGUUCUCAUCAAGGAAGAUCACGCCUGUGUGCUCCACGUCAAGGGAGCAAGUUGUUUCAAGUCAGACUUGACACUCAAGCAUGUUGUAAAAGAUGUGGUCCGAACCAAAAGCCAUCUUCCUGUCAAAGUACACUGCCUCAGUGUCGAGGUCCAGACUGGCACCGUCAGCCACCUCUCGCUCCAAGGUCAAGCUUCCGAAAUCGACGACCGAAAACUCUAUAGAGCCGCUUUACGGUUAGGAGACCUCCUUCGUCAAUUGCCGCCAGUCUUUAUCAAAACGGAGUAUCGAAAGUUGACGCUCAAGGAUAUGCUGCUCAUCCACCAAGGCCUGAGAAUUUUGUGCUUGAGAACAAUGAAGCAGAAUUUUGAGUGCUUGGAGAUUCGCAACGUGAAUGUCUGGAUCGGCAGAGAUGUCAACGAUCUUCGAGCUUCUGCUUUUACGUUCUUGAACCACUUCAAGAAGAGCUUCGAUAUCAGACACCUCAAGAUCUCAAACCUGAUUGUGCAUGGAGGCUUCCGUAUUUCUCAUCAGUACCCUCAGCCGCUCACAUUGGCUUCUGAGGAGAUCAUUGCAGAGGGUUACGAUCAAGUCCAAGGCGCCUUCGACGAUCUUAUCGCACAAACUUUGGCUUGGCAGAAGUCAUUGGAGGAACUAGUCCGAUCUCCUGAUAAGUAG